UGUGUAGACCUGUUUGUGAUUUGUUCACUAAAGAGUCUUUUUGCAGAUGAAUAACGAUAUCAGGCAGAAGUUGUGACAUUUAUUUAAAUAUUUGGGGUGUUUUUUUUAUUGUGAGGCUGAAAAUGUCAUUCAAUAAACAAAGCAGGUGGCCUGAGACCCUGGUACACACUAAGACCAACACACCUGCACAGAAGAAAGUUGGGAAGGAGCCAGCAGCAUUAACAGCACCUGUGAGCAGUGGAGCUAAACAUGGCAUCAGCAGUAAAACCAGUGUUGGUGGUGGAAGGAGCAUCAGCCUCAGCAGCAGAGGUGGCGACUCCACUGGAAAUAAAGUCGGUGGCAGUUUGAAAAGAGGUAGCAGACAAGCUCUACGCCUCAGCAGCAGCCGGAGCUUCUCAUCCCUCCACACCAGCUCCCUCACCGCUGCUCCAUUCAUGAGAAGCAGCCGCUCACUCAGCAGACUGGACCAAAGAUCCACUGGAGAUGAUUCACACCAAGCAAGUUCACAAGUGAAAAAAUCACAACCCACUGGGACGAAAAUUCUGAAUUCCGGCCAGCGUUCGUCCUCUGAGGAGCAAAUGAGAAGUAAAAAAGACGAAUGUCACGGUGAUAAUGCUGAGAUAAUGAAAACCAGCAGCUCCCCUCAGCCACUGGACUCGUCUCUGGUUCCCACUGCUGCAUGUCUUCACCACUGCAACAAAGGAAAGAACCAGACCAGAGACGGUGUUUACACAUUGUGUGCAAUGACUGCUGGGAUGAGAAGCAACUGGGUCCAAGCGGUGUUGAAGAACGUGCGACCCAGUGUUACACAAGACACCACAAGCUCCCUUUCAGAGCAGGAGACUGAGCUGUUGCAAGAGCUCAGAACUGCUGAUCGAACAGAGGUUUCACACGAACAGCAGCAAAAACAGGAGCCCAAACUGCAGCUGGAAAGAAAGCAGAGCUCAGCUGAUGGGAACUUAUCUUCUCCUCUCCCUGAUUCAUCCUCUGCCUCCUCUGAAUCAUCUCCUACCAGCCCUCCACACCAUGUGGAUGAGGAUGAAGGUGCUCAUCAAUGCCUCAUCAGAUCCACACAAAUUGCUAUGACAGAUGCAUCACUGCAUGUCAAAGGAACCCAAAGUGACAGCUCUAAUUCCACAGAGGUGCUGCAUAAUGACAAGUGUUUUGAUGAAGAUCCAAACACACAGAGUACAAUUAAGCAUGUCGAAACCACAACCCACAGAGAAGAGCAGCAGGUAUCGACAACCACUGCCAACACAGAAGACAAGGAAACUCUUCAGUGUGAGCAGAAAACUGGGCAACUAGUCAAAGAGCUGGAACAAACCCAGAAAGAACUGUCUCGACUUCAGCAGCUAAACAGGAAUCUGCAGGAUGAGCUGCAACAGGAGAGAGAGAGCCAUUCAAGGUUUUGUCCCCAAAAUGGCACCAGCUCAUCUCCAGAGCAAGCUUCGGCUUUACAGCAGCUGCAGAAGAUAAAUCACAACCUCCGCCUUGAGGUGGAGGCCCAAAAGAGGAGCCACGAGGAAGCCAGAGAAGCUGAACUACGGCGAAGAAUCGACCUCGUAGCUCAACAAGCACAGCUGCUGGUCACAGGAGAUGCCACGGCGCUCGCACAAGCCCAUCUGGAGCAGGACCGUCGACGGUUCCAGGAGCAGCAGCAGGAGUGGGAGCAAUGUGUGGCCUUGUUGAAGUCCCAGCUGAAAAUCAGUGAGGAGCAGAGGAGGGAGAAGGAGUCCCGCUUGACACAGCUUCAGCAGGAAUUACAGAGCUACCAAAGUCUCCAGGAGGAAGCGGAACAACUGCGGAUUAAUCUCCAAGAGGUGUCUGCUCAGCUUCAUGAUUACGAGGAUGCUCAGGCUCAAAAAGAAGCUCGACUGCAGAAACAUCUCACGCUCCUGCAAGCAAGUCAGGAGAGAGAACGGAGGAGCCUGGCUGCCAGUCUGGCUCAGGCUGAAAAACAUUCCCAAGACCUUCAGGAGAAGCUGGACAAGGCAGAGCAGCAGGUGGAGAACCUCAGUAAGAGUCAGACGUGGACGAGGGAGAUAGAGGAGGCGCAACAACAGCUUCAGGAGGAGCUGACCUGUACUGUAUCUGCUGUGCAGCGACUGCAAGAGGAACGAGAACAGGACAAACAUCACUGCCAAGAGCUGCAGAACCAGUUAUCAGAGGCAGACCGGGAGGUGAGCAGGCUGCAGGGUCGCUUGAAGACAGACGAAACUCACUACUACAACCUGGAACAUUCCUAUGAGAGAGCCUGUGAGGAGCUGCAGGUGGCGUUAGGGAAGGUGCAACAAAGAGAGUCUGAAACACAGGAAAUACGAGAAGGCUACGAGAGACUCCUGGACAGGAAGGAGCAGGAGCUGAGUGAGGUUUUGCUAAAGAUGGAAGUCUUGGGUAACAGCUUGGAGGAGACGGAACUUAAACUAAAUGAACUGAUGAAAGUUUGCAACUGUGGCUCUUCUCAGCAGAAAGAUGAGACCUCAGAGUAUCUUCAGCAUAAUGACAGACUACAGCAAACAACUGAGCCAAAUGAAAGCAGGACAGAGGUAAUGGAGAGUUGCCAGAUGUCUGAUAGCUCUCAUAAAGAUUCAAGAAGACGCUCUCGAUCAGUCGAUGCAUCGUACCAGUACAUCGUCACUGCAGGAGAUGGCCCAGAAAGGUUCAUGUCUGUCAUCCAGUUACUUGAAACCAAGCUUUACCUAACAGAGGAGAAACUAAGGAACAUUACGCAAAGACUUGAGGAACACCAGACUCCCAUCAGCUGCCAGGACCCCCACCUCUGCUCCCAGCUGACCCAGAGCCGAGCCACCGCCCAGCACCUCAGUCUGCUGCUGCACAGUCAGGCAAAGCAGAACCAUCGCUUUGCCCAGGAGACGGAGAACCGCUGCAGGAUGCUAGUCGGCAGGUUCCAGGUCGCUCUGAACAUCAUACAGGCCUGUAGGGAGAGGCUUCAAGCUCCCGCCAUUAAUAUUCCAGAUUUUGAGAGGCAGCUAGCCACUGUUGUUGCUUGUCUUCAGCAGGGGGAGAAGGAUGCAGAGAAACAACAGCAUGAAUCUUAUAAUGCCAGCAGAGGAGAGGGCAAAAUCUUGAAUGAUGAGAAACUAGCUGAGAGUACAAAAAGUGACACACAGCCCUCAGCGGAUGACAUAUUAAGUAUCGAGAAGUGGUUAAAGAGGGAAUUAUUUGUAGUAGAAAAAAUGAUGUCUGUGCUUCAGAGUCAAUGUGGUGUUUUCCAGCUGUCCUUUGUAUCAAAGGAGAAUGAGGGAGAUGUCACGCACAGGUACAAAAAUAUAAUCACCCAAAGAAUAGCAUUAAAAAGAGAAGAAAGGAUACAAUCUGGAAGAACCGACUGUGUCAGUGAUGAAACUUUACAGAGUGCAAUCAACAGAGUCUGUGCUGAAGCAGAGCUCAUUUAUGCUGCCUUAAAAUUCCAGCAACAAUAUGAAAAUGUGACUCAAGUGAAUAAUCAAGAACUUCAAAGGGAAGGAUUGGCAGAUAUCAGUCCACCGGAGUUGGCUCAUUAUGAGGAGCCGGUGGAUGGUUUGAAAGAAGCUGCAAAACCAGUCAAAUCUGAAGACAAAGAGGUCGACUCAGAGAAAGAACUGGACUGGUUACAGAGGCUCAUAUCCAGGCUGCAAAGAAGAGCUAAAUUCUUACGCCAAGUCUGCCAAGAGAUCCCGGAUGAUAAAAGAGCAGUCAGCGAGUGCAGCCAGGACCACAGCGUGGAAAACGCUUCUGCACUGGAGUUAAAUUAUAUGCAGGAGCAGGCAAAGUUAAUUUACUUGUCAGACAGGCUCUACCUGGAUUUAGAGCAGGAGAUUCAGCAAAGUGAGACGUUACAGAACAAACUGCAAAGUCUGUGCAAAGAGCAGGACAUGAACUUAUUGGACGAGCAGGAGGCUUGUAAUCAAACCUUAUGUCAGCUGCAGGAGGACAACAGUGAACUCAGAGAAGAACUAGAGCGAGCCGAGCAAAAGAUUAUAACUGUACAAACCGGAAACCAGAGACUGCUGGAAGACAUACAGAAGAUUGAGGAUUUUCACGAGGAGAGGAUGCAAAAACUGGAAGCAGACUUUCAAGAGAAGAUAAGGGAACUGCAGCAGAUCCAUGAGGAGGAGAUGAAACACUUGCAUGGUCAUUACAUCGAGUCUUGUGUUUCCAAAGAGAAAUCACCUUGUUUCACAGAAAAUACAUCUCAUCUACCAGACCAGAGCAGCAUCCUGAAGCUGGGAGGUGAUGCAGUGGCCAUGAGAGAGGCUUAUCAGAAAGAUAUGGAAAAACUUCAGGCCUCCUGUGACAAGGGUUUCGCUGCUAUGGAGGAAACACACAGGAAACUGAUAGGAGAUUUAAAUCAGCAGCAUCAGAAAGAGGUGGCUGAACUUCAGAGGGAGAAGGACCAGCUCCUGCAGGAGGAGACAGCAGCCACAAUGGCAGCCAUCGUAGCGAUGCGAAGGGCUCACAAACAGGAGCUGGAGAGAAGCCGACAGUCUCAGCACAUCAGAGAGAGUUCAGACUUCACACAACUCCACAUUGAAUAUGAGAAGGAGAUCCAGUUAUUGCAAAAGGAGCUGGAGGUUUUGUCAGUUCAGCACACCAAGAAAUGCCUGGAAAACAACCAGCUGAGCCAGGAGCUGCAGGACGAAAGAAAAUCACUGGUGCUGUACCAAAAUGAAAACCAGGAGCUCAGAAAGAAACAGAGAGACACAGACGAAAUGUCUCCGCUGCAUUUCACACUGAAUGGGAAACAAUCACAUGUUGACAGCUCAUAUGAAAUGGAAGUGAUUCUGAGGGCCAGAGAGGCUGAGAUGCAGUUUCUCAGACAUGAAGCCCAGUCUCUCAGAGAGGAGCUGAAGAUUGCUCGAAUGGACAAAAUAUAUGCCCAGAGUAAGCUCCAGGCCCUUUAUACAAACAGCCAGAGUGAAGCUCAUCAACACGAUGAAAAUUUUAAAUUUGGCACUUGGUCUCCAAACAAAGAUGCUUCAGGACAGAGCCACGAAAACCCAGCGAUAAACUCACACAGCUCAGCUUUUCUGAAGAAAGCGGAGAAAUCGUACCUCCUGCGGCAAAUACGCGGAGUUCGAUCAAAGAGUUUAAAAGAAGGCCUUUCCAUCCAAGAAAGAAUGAAGUUGUUUGAGUCUUUCUGAGAAGAGUUGGCUGCUGGCAUCUGCUGUUUCAAUACAUUUCUGCCAUUAGGUGUAACUUUCCUUGUUAUACAGUGUACAUUAUAUUAUGUAUAACCUUUUUACUGUGGAAAAAAUUGAUUUGUUGUUGUGUGUUUGAGUAGAAGCAGCAGAAAGCCACCAGAGGGAGCAACAAGCACAGAAUUUUUUUUAGAUGCACAUUUAGUACCUGUUAAAAUACAACAAAUUAAUCACAGUGAAAUUAUGUUCACAUUUUACUUUACAGGUCAGUACAUCAUGCGAUGGUUGUGUAACUUGGAGACAACUGCUUGGGUUUUUAUUGAAACAUAACUCAGCAUAUUGCAUCAAUAUUUGCAUUAAAAUAUGGUUGUUAAUGUUUUGUACCACUAGAUGUAGCAUUAUCCAGCAUUUACUGCAACUUCUGAAACUUGUAUCAAUUUAUUAAGAUGUAUUUAAAGCAGACAUGAAGCUGUUUCAUGACAUUUGCAUGUAGCUCACUACUAUCUGAAAAUAUUGGACAAAUAUAAUGGUUUAUAUUCUGGCUUCUUUCACUGAUAAUAAAGUAUUUAUGUAAGAUGA